AUGCUGCGGACGGUGCUGCGCCGGGGAGGGGCGGCCAUGAGGCAGGCCGCGCUGGCCGAGGGAUCUACGGGGAACCUUCUACGGCUGAGCGUGGCGGAGCGGGAGCGCUCUCGGCGGCGUCGGCGCGACCCGGGGCGCGACGAGUUCUUCGUGCCGACGCCGGAGUCGCUUAAAUGGCUCGACUCCGUCACCCUGCCCAUGAUCCUCACCGCCGCCGCCGUCGCCCUCUUCACCAAGCUCCUCAUGAUGGAACAUGAAGACACAGACCAAGAAAGGAGAGAACGCAAGAUAAAGAAUAGUCACCCUGAGCAAGGAACAGUAAGGAUGCUUUCACGUGAAGAGUGGGAUGAAAUCCAAGAAGUCAGGCCAAGGACCCCUUUUGAAUCAAAGAGGAUGCCAAGGAUUGGGCUGUUGAUGUGCUCACUGAUGCUUUUACUAGAGCGGAAGAGAGUGCUAAGCGGAAAUGAUUCGGAAGAAAGGCACAGCAGCCAACACAUCCAGUUUGAAGUUUUUCUUUAG